UCCUUUUCAUUUUCCUUUUACUGCUGCAAUUCUAAUAAGAGUAUUCAAAAGCUUAAAAACCACCACCAAUUAGUAGACUUCAGUUUCAUCUACUGCUACAUUCUACUCUUCCUCUCACAUUCAAAGUUGCAAGUUGCCCGGUUCCAUUCCACACUCUCAAACCUAUCAAAUUCUUUCUUUCUCCCAGAUAUCGACCUGACCUGAUGGCGGAUGCACUGCUCGGAUCCGCAGUACAAGUUCUAGUGGAGAAGGCAAUAAAUUUGGCUUCCGAACAAAUUGGCCAGUUUGUUGGCUUCAAGAAAGAUUUGGAGAAACUGAAGGAUACGUUGACACUGAUCCAGGCUGUCCUCCGUGACGCAGAGAAAGAGCAGGUGACUAAAGAGAUCGUGAAGCGAUGGCUGGAGAACCUUGAACGUGUGGCUUUCGAUGCUGAAAAUGUGCUGGAUGACUUCACCUAUGAGAUGAUCCGGCGCGAAGUUGAGAUUCAAAACCAAAUGAAGAGGGAGGUAUGCUUGUUCUUCUCACUCUCCAAUCCCAUUGCAUUUCGUUGCAAAAUGGCCUGCAAGAUUCAAAAAAUCAAUAUGGAUUUGAAAAGUAUCCAUGAACAAGCAACGAAACUUGGCCUCCUCCAGUCACAGAAUGGAGCUAGAGAUGCACCUGCUCUUUCUCCUCCUAGCGGAGGAGCAUUUAUAAAGAACAGAGAGACUGACUCUGUUACUGUUGAUGCGAGUUUUGUUGGAAGAGAUAAUGAUGUCUCAGCAAUAGUAACACAAUUGACUGCCACAAAUAAUAAUGAAACUAUCUCCGUUCUCCCUAUAGUAGGGAUGGGCGGGAUUGGGAAGACCACCUUGGCUCGAAAAGUUUUCAAUGAUAGAAAGAUUGAAAAACAUUUUGACAAGAGAAUAUGGGUGUGUGUUUCGCAGGAUUUCAUUGCCAAUGGGCUAUUUGGAAUGAUUCUACAAUCACUGCAAGGUCAAGAGCCUGAAGCUAAGAAUAGGGAAGCCAGAGUCAAGCAGCUUAAGGCAUUAUUGGACGGUAAAAAAUACCUAUUGGUCUUGGAUGAUGUGUGGAAUAAGGAGUCCAUGCUAUGGAAUGAUUUUCUUGGGUCUCUGAAAGGUACUAGCCAAGCCAUGGGGAGUUGGAUUCUUGUGACCACUCGUGAGCAACAGGUGGUAGACAUCACCAGAAUUUCUUUUCCUCAGGGUUAUUCCUUGAAACAAUUAUCAGAUGAUCAAUGUUGGCACAUUCUCAAAGAAAAUGCAUUUGGUGCUGGGGAAGUGCCCGAUGGGUUGAAAGAUAUAGGGUUGAAGAUUGUGCAAAGAUGCAGAGGCUUACCAUUGGCUACAAGUGUUCUCGGUGGUAUGCUGCGCAACAAGGAACCAGAUGAAUGGCAAAAAUUAGAGAGUGGGCUUCAAAUUUUAGGUGGAGGUGAAAAUAGUAACGUUAAUGAAAUUUUGAAGUUGAGCUUUGAUCAUCUUUCACAUCCUUCUCUUAAAAAGUGUUUUGCAUAUUGUUCAAUUUUUCCCAAGGAUUUUCAAAUGGAAAGGAAUCAAUUAAUCCAACUUUGGGCAGCAGAAGGAUUUCUUCAUUCAAAUCCAACAGACGAUAUGCAUAUGGAGGAAGUUGGUAACAGGUAUUUUACCAUUUUGUUGGAUAGUAACAUAUUUCAAGAGGCAGGGAAGGAUGAUUAUGGGAAUGUUUUGAAUUGCAAAAUGCAUGAUCUUGUGCAUGAUAUGGUGCAAUACAUUUCCAAUUCCAAAACUUUAAGGUUGACAGAGUCUGGUAGUGUUGAUAUGGAAACGUCUUCUAUUCGGUAUCUUGCAUUGGAGAGAAUACAAGAAGAAAUGACAUUUCCUUCCACUAAAAGUUUCAAAUGUAUUACAACAUUGUUUUUGCAGGGAAACAUAUCACUUAAUGAUAGGGAGAUGUCAUUUUUUAUGUUGCGAGUUUUGAACUUAAGGGCAUCGAGUGUCGAAGAGCUUCCUAAAUCAAUUGGCAAGCUAACUCAUUUGCGAUAUCUUGAUUCGUCAAGAGCUUCAAUCAAUAGAUUGCCUGAGUCUCUAUGUCAACUUUACAAUUUGCAGACAUUAAGAGUUAAAUAUUGUGACUCACUGACAAAGUUUCCUAAGAAUUUCAAGAAUUUGGUGAAUUUGAGGCACUUUGACUUUUUCUCUUAUCAUAAAUCAAGUGAUAUCAUGCCUUUUGAGAUCGGACAGUUGCAAUUUCUCCAAACUUUGCCAUUUUUCAAUAUUGGUGAAGAAAGAGGUCGACAAAUUGGAGAAUUGAGGAAUUUGAAGAAUCUCAGUGGACGACUUCAGUUACGUAAUCUUGAAUUAGUGAAAAGCAAGGAAGAAGCUGAGUCUGCAAAUCUGAUUGGGAAGCCAAACAUUGAUGAGUUAAGAUUACUAUGGAAUGAAAUAGAUAAUUCAAGAAAUAAUGAUAGUGAAUACAAUCGAGUGCUGGAAGGCUUGCAUCCUCACCAAAAUUUGAAAGGUUUGAUUAUUGAAAGAUUUUUUGGUGAUAAACUUUCAACGUGGAUUGGAAAACUUGGGAAAUUGGUGAAAUUUGAAUUGCAAGAUUGCAAAAACUGCAAAGAGUUACCAACUCUUGGAAACAUGCCCUUGCUCAAAUCUCUUCAAUUGAAAGGACUUGACAGCGUAACAAGUAUAGGCCCUUCUUUUUAUGGCGGAUCUGGCAUGCAUAGUGGCAGUAGGAGUCAAAGACCCCUAAGCUUGUUUCUAGCACUUGAACUUCUCAUUCUAGAAAAAAUACCAAAUUUGAGGGAAUGGAUGGAAGCACCAGUUCACGAUGGGACAGUGGUGGUGUUUCCAGUCCUUCAUACGGUAUGGAUUACUGAUUGCCCUCAAUUAGCCACUUUUCCAAGUCAUUUUCCACGUCUCGAGGAAUUGGAGAUCGAUAACACCCAAAAUGGAUCAGCAUUAAUGACAUGUAUUUGUAGCGGAGUCAGCACUCUCACUAGACUUUCCGUUAAGAGUGUGAAUGGGCUUACCAAGCUACCAAAUAUGUUUUUUCAAAACAAUCCAAAUCUUGCACAUCUGAAGUUAGUCAAUUGUGGUGAUUUGGCCCAAUUCUCGGAUUUUCCGUUUGAUGUUCCUCAAACUUUAGAAGGACCAAAUUGUCAAUCAGUGCUUGAGCACACUGGUACUGACAAUAAUGCUCCUCAACAUUUGGUUGGCCUCGAGUCCCUAGAGAAAUUAACUAUUACUGAGUGCCACUCGCUCGAGUCAAUUUCAAUUCCCAAGGGACGCAGAUACCUCACUGCCUUGCGACAAUUAAGCAUUUCUCGUUGCGAUGGGUUAACCCACUUGUCCAUCCCCCAAAUAUCUGAGUCAGAGUGGGGUUCCACUACUUCACGCUUCUCCUCCUUUGGUACUUGUCCUCCUCUUCCUCUCGAGGAAUUGUAUGUAUACAGCUGCCCCAAUCUUAUCUCCUUUCCAAUUGAUUUAACUCGAACACCUUCUCUCUCUUACCUGGACAUAUCACAAUGUAAGAAAUUAACCGACUUGCCCAAUGGGAAGCUUUGUUCUCUUACAAGCUUGAGAUACUUAGAAAUCGGACCAUUCUCAGAAACCACCGCAGAGUUGCAUUCCUUCCUAGUCCUCUUUGAUGCUCUCCCACCACUGCACCCCUACUUCCCCUCCCUUUCAUAUUUACAUCUGAGAGGAUGGCCUCAUUGGGAAUCUCUGCCUGAGCAACUUCAGCACCUCUCUGCCCUAACAACUCUUGGACUAUAUGAUUUUGGAGUAAAAUCAUUACCUGAUUGGUUUGGAAAGCUUUCCUCACUUGAACAACUCAAUCUCUGUAAUUGUGAAAAGUUGGAGAAUUUACCCUCUCACCAAUCUAUGAGAAGCCUCACCAGACUAAGAGAGCUGCAAAUUAUUAUGUGUCCCCUUCUAAAGGAAAGAUGAAAUCCAGAAAGCAGCAGCAGCAGCAGCAGCACCUACCUCAAUUCUGAGUGGUCGAAGAUCUCCGACAUUCCCAUUGAUAGGCAGCAAAUCAGAGGCUAAUCUCCAUUUCUAUUUUGAGUUCAUAAAUACUGUCAGUUUCCCCAAUAAAAGCUACUAGAUUGUUAUGGCCGACAAUAAAUGUAGCCAGCCAGCAAAGUGAUAGUUUUUAAGCCAUAAGAAUGCUCUGCAUGAGAAUGACCGUGGAGAAGCUUGAUAUAUUGGAACAAAAGUCUUCAGCUAUCAUGGUUUCCUGUUAUAUGGUGAUCAGAUGAGUGCCUACACAUUCUUGGCACUUGCAAAAUGAUGGUUUGUUUGCUAGGUGAGGGCUUUCUAGUUUCAAAUAGAUCCAUUAGGGCACUCCCAAAAGAAACUCUUUCUCCUCCUUUGUAUGGAGACAAUUUAGGUACAGUUCAGCAUUCCUGUAAUGCUUUUUCUUUGCUAUAUUCAAUUGUUGUGCAGCUUCUAAUGGCGUCUUUUCUUAUGUUAUAGGCAAUACCAAGUUUAGUUUUAGAGUCUACAAUGAACCAUUUUAAAAACACAUGGAAUAGUAUAGAGGGCUGAGGGUCUAAUAGGUUUUCUUUAGGCUUCGAGCUCUCCAACAUGCUGUAACAAAGAUUAUUUGGGUUGGCUAAGGGGAUUCUCAUGUAUGAGGUAACACUCCUCUUUCUGAUGAAAAAUUUGUGAGUCAGGAAAGCUUUGUCUGACUUUAAAGACAAUUUAAAGGGGUAAUGAUCUGCCAUUCUGCAUAAUCACAUUCACAAGCAUCAGGAAUACUUCUUUUCAGAAUCAUCUUCAGACCAUCCCCAACAAGGCACCGCUUUUUGUAUUUGGAUGGGCUAUGGGGAUUCUCAUGCAUUAGAUAACAUUCCUCUUUCAGAUGAAAAAUUUAUGAUUCAAGAAAACUUUAAAUGACUUCAAAGACAAAUUCAAGCAGCAAUGCUAUUUAAUUGUGAAGCUUUUCGGAUGAUUAAAUUGUCAAGUAGCCUUGAAGCAAUUGCUUGAUAUGUCAUCCAAUUAGAGCUAGUUGGUGUAAUAAUAGGCAACUUUCUAUUUUUUGUUUCGCCCGGUAUGCAAUGAUUUGUAGCUGGUCCUUGAUAUUACUUGUUUAUUUGUGGUUAGCCAACCAGAAUAUUUUCAGGUGGUUGAUCUCUUAGUUGCAGAGUUAGUUCUUAUUCUCUAAUGAAUAUAUGUGUCCGUUAAACAAAAUUAAUUGGGGGAUUACAUUCUUUUAUGUUGUGAAUUCUCAAAUGCAGCUCUGCUUUCUUAUGCAGUUGUUUGAGUGCUAAAAAUCUGAUGAAUGGUCUGAUGACAUGCUUUGAAGUUUCUUGUACAUGAAAAGCUGUGCGUAUCAGCAUAAGCUGUUGUCUCAAUCUGAUGGGGCAAAUACUCUAGUUCGAGGCUAUUACAAAGUUGAUGGAAGAGAUGCCAUGGUUAAUACGCUUCCUUAGCUCAUUUGAUAAAGUUCUGCAACCUGCAUUUUCACGAGACUUUGAUAAUUGUGAUUCUUUGAAUUGAAUUAGAUAAAUGGACUAUGUAGAAGGUCAAAAUUUUUAUGUAGGAGAGGUACAAUUCAAUGCUGAGGUAUAACAUGGAAAUCUUGGCUCAUAUCAUUCAACCAUGAAGUGUUCUGAGAGGAAGGAUCAAACUUUUUGGCAAUACAGUUCAUGUGGAAUGCAAUCUGCUGGUGAAAGAGAGUGUCCAUGCCUUGUAAGGGAACUUGUUAUUAAAAAUACUUGGUUUAUAUUUCGAGAAUGCAAGGGCUACUCCUACUGAAAUAGGUUCAAAAGGUUUUCUAGUGUCAGUAACCUGAUGUCAAUUUGAUUCAUGACAAACUUGGUGCACCUAAAACAGUCGAAUGGACUAUGGAGAAGGUAAAAAUUUUUGUGUAGGUGAGGUCCAGUUCAAUGCUGGGGUAUACAUGGAAAUCUUGAUUCAUAUCAUUCAACCAGGAAGUGUUCUAAGAGGAAGGAUCAAACUUCUUGGCAAUACAGUUCAUGUGGAUGGCAAUCCACUGGUGAAAGAGAGUGUCCAUGCCUUGUAAGGGAACUGUUAUUAAAAAUACUUGAAAAGGCAUGGCACCUUUUGAGGAACCUUUGCUAUAUUAUCUAAUAGUAUGCAAUGAGGAUAUGACUUUCAAGAAGCUUUCAUCUGUUGAAGGAUUAUAAGUUGGCACAUCUGAAUAGCUUGAGUUGUAAACCUCCUACCAAUCCAUCCGAAGCCUCCCUAUACGAUGCAUAUCUUCUGAUCUAAAGGGAAGGUGUUGCAACAUGAGCAGCUGCCCAACAUUGAAUGGUGCAAGCAUUACCAGAUUCCCUACUUUGAGAUUGAUCAUAUUUUGUCAGAAAAUUCUUGUCUACGCCUAUGUUUAAGGAUGUUUCAGUGCAGUAUAUUCCAACCAUUAUGCUGUCUUCAGUUGUGUGUAUUCAAUCUCAUGAUGCUAUACAUUUUUUUGACAUUUUGAGGAAGAGUUCCUUAUUGCUAGGUGUAAAAGGCAAUGACUAUUACAGCAUAACACAUUCCUUAUUGCUAGAUGUAAAAGUCAAUGAGUAUUACAACAUAACACAUCGUAUAGUGUAUGAUCUUGCACAUGAUCUUGCGCAAUUUAUUUUGAGUUUUGGAAAAUCUGAUGCAGAGCAUUUGCAAGAUUUGUUACCUUGGAUUUAAA